UUUAAUUCUCGGCGCCAAGGCAAAAAUGUGUUAAUUCGUUCGUAAAAGUUAAUAUCAGUGGAAUGUAAUACGUUUGUUCAAGAAAGAAUGUCGAAACGGGCCGGUCAUUUUCAGUUAAAACUCCCGACGAACGCCAAGAAAGCCAAGCUUGAUAUAGAAAUCACACCGAGCCAGCAGAGCCGACCGUCCACGAGCAAAACUAUCGCCAACAACCGACCAACCAAUCCGCCCGUCGAUAAUGCCUCCCAAAUCGAUGCUCUGUGGGACGACGAUGAGGACGACGAGUUCAUUGUGCUGGCAUCACAGGCCGUCGAGGAGCUGGAAUUGUUUCAACAGAGCCAGAUCAGCGGAACCCAGACGGCCGAUAUAACGUUCGGCAAGUUCAGUCGCCAGGUAAAAUCAAGCACGCAAACCGUCGAGUUGUCGCAGCAUGCGACGACGGGUGUCUCCAAGCCGCCACCGCUGGCAACGGAUAAGCUCACGGCGGAGCUGUUUGCCGAUGGCGACGACGAUAUAUUCACGGAAAAGUUCGACGACAACUACCAGGACAUCGGCAAUCAAAUCGACAACUACUUCAACAAUGAGUUUGACGAAGAGUUCAACUUGGACGAGUUCCGGCAGGAAGGCCAAAAACCGGCGGUCAGUGGACGGAUUGAGCCAACUGUUCCGCCAUCACCGGCUCCAUCGGUUUCGUCGGAGUUUAAAACCCCAGCGAUACCUCCGAAGGUAAACGGCCAUUCGAUGUCAAAUGGAGCCAACGUAUCGAAACCGAAGGCACCAACGACGGAGCAGAACAACGCCAUGCUCGAGCGGGUACGGGCUGAGCAGGAGGCAAAAGAAAAGGCGGCCAAAAAGCAGGAGCACGCCAAAGACAUUCAGCUCAAGUUUCUCACGAAACGGCUCGAACAGAUGGAGCGUAAGGCUGAAACACUGCAGAAAGAUUACAAUGAGGCCCUGGAGAAGGCACAAAUCCGGGACGGGGAAGUGUCGAUGCUUCGCUACGAGCUAAAGACGGUCAAGGGCACGAACGAGCAGCUGCGAAUAGAGAAGAUUCGCGAGAAGGAAACGAUCAAGAAGGAAUGGGUGGAAAAGCUGAAGGAUCUAGAGAAAGUGGUCACGGCCCAGAAGGUCGACCUGGACUUUAAGGAACUGGAAAUGGCGAAUCUUCGCUCGAAGCAUCUCAAAAGUUCAUCACGUACCGUAGCACCUCAGCAGGAGCAUGUGACGGAGGACAGUUUUAUCCUCUCGUCGCUGCUACCCCAGUUGACACUGGACGAUGUGGAAACGGACGGUGAAGAUCGUCAGUUAACAGUGGAUGCACACGUUUUUGAGAUAUCAUCGGACGGUGUUGGACCGUUCAGUAGACGAAGAAAGUUUUCCAAUCUCUCUCAGGCCGAUGCACUGAUGGCGCAUCAUCUCAGCAUCCUGCAGACCGUUCUGUCUCAGAUCAUUACACAAACAACUGGAUCGAAUAACUAUCCGGAGCUAUCGGCGGCGAUGCUCGAAGUGGUGGUGAACUCAAGUGAUCAAGCAUUCGCUGAAAUCACCCAAUACUGUCACCGUUUGGCCCCGGCCCAGGUGAAGGAUCAAGAGUCGACGACGAUAGGUGGUUUAGACCGGUCCAGCAGUCGACUAGAAGUCCAAAGCCCGAUCAAUAUAUUUAAGCGCGAUGAACUCUGUCCUGACGAGCAGGGAAAGGUGGCCCGUCGUUUCCUAGCUCUUCUGGGGUUGUUAUGCCGAAUCUCGAGUGAGCUAGUAACGGGGACAUUACUCCAAGAUGACCGAAUCAGCCAGCUAGCAACGAGUGUUAAGCUGUUAAGCAACGCUUGUACCUUAGAGAAACACCACGGCAUGGUCAUGGGAUUGGCUGCAUUGUUGAAAGGCAUUAGCUAUCAAUUUCCUCGAUCGGUCGCGGCCAAUCAACCAGCUGGUAGGCAGCUUUUGUUGCUGUUUCGCUCGAUUGUCCUUUGCCAAACGGAUGCUCCAUCCAUGAUGGUUGAACUGUCGGAGUUUCUACGUCGAAUGUGCGAAGGUCAUCCUCAAAGCGCUCUUCUGAUUGACGAGCUGUGCCUUAACGGUGCACCGGUUCUAAGGGAUUCGAGUAGAAAGUAUCGACUUAAAUCGGUCAGCUUCUCGGAUGAAACGUGUACGUUGCAGAUGUAUGCUUCACUAUUGGAGGCCUCCGUAAUUCCAAACAUUCCGUACGAAGACUGGCAGCUGCAACGGUUGCUGGUGAACGUGGAAAACACGAUCCGUUUUCUGCGCAAUGCCAUGCUCAGGCCUGCUCGUUGGGUGCGCAACUUUGUCGAAGCGAGCUCCUCGACGCGCGGUCCGCGCCUUUGCGAGCUAUGCCACAUCCGGAUGGUGUCGGCGUGCGUUGUGCUGCUCCAUCGAUUGUUGCUUUGCUGGCACCAGAACACGGUACAUGAGGCUGAAGAUGUUGAGCGACUUCAGUCUGCUGCUCGCAAUGGAACAAUGUUGCUGUUCGAUGUGUUCCACACGGCUUAUCACCAGAAACUGCUGCGUCUGAGUGGUUCCGCCAUUCAGUGUCGGCUUCGGAUAGUGUACCACUGGCUUCGAAUGCAUCAGAAAGAGUUCCUGUUUCUGAACGGCCAUUCAAACGCGCUUCGAAUGUUGGACUUGCGGCUCCUCAUUUAUGAACCGCUACAGUCGUACCGGGAAAAGGAAAACACCACCGAUAAAGAGCCGGAACAAUCAGCCGAUAAGGAUGUUCGGAAAAAGCUUCUCGAAGAACUGUAUACGGGAUUUUAUAAAAAUAAUUUCACUUCCACGGAAUAACAGCAAGC